GAGGUGCGAUCCGUCGCAUUCAAGGCUCAUAUAUUCUCUCCCACCUCGUGGAUUGCCGCGCGGUGAAUAUUUAUUUUUAUGUCACUUUUUUUAGUCUCGCUUUACUCAUCCCCCUAUCUUGUUGACGCCCACUGUAGUUCCGACACCGCAACCCUAGUCGCAGCGGCAGCGGCAGCGCAGGAAACGAGGAGGCGGGAGGUUUCUUUAUCUUCCUUGGUCUCUCCCUUUCAUUUUAUUUUGGUUACGUUGGGAAGGAAAGCUUGCAGCAGGACUUGCGGCCACGGAUCCUUCUCGUCCCGUGCCCCCCCUCUCUCUCUCUCUCUCUUCUUCUUGGAAAAUUAGAUACUAACCUAACCUUUGCCCUCCCAAAAUGCUAGCCCAUGCAGCACACGGGAGGGAGACAGAGAAAGAGGCCCGUUAAUAAUUGAGGACUGCAGCCAUAGGUGUAAAACGGCUUGGCGAACAGAGAAAGAGGCCCAUUGGUAAUUGAUGACUGCAACAUAGGAUUUUCUCUGUAAAACGGCUGGCUUGGCAAACAGUAGUGGCAGAAAUAGCCACAGUAUCGACCAGCAAAAAAUCCGGGAGCGGAGAGAAAAAGGCAAUACCCCAAACCUGGAACUGAAAAAGCCACGGCACCCAUUUAGUUACGAGACAAAGGAAGAAAUAAUUAUCAUCAUCAUCAUAAAAGCAUAAUAUGUGAACUCCCUGUUGAUUCUCUCUUUCCCACCCUUGUUCUCUCCCCCCAUCUCUCUCUCUCUCUCUCUCUCUCUCUCUCUCUCCUCUCAUCAUAUCGCACACAUAGAGAGAAGCAGGGCAUAGAGUAGUGAGUGAGAGAGAUGGAAGGCCGGAGCGGGAGCGGCGGGUGCGAAGAUGGCUCGUGCCUGAUGGGCGGUUUCGGCGAGGGCAGCGGCGGCCUCUCGCCGCUCAUGAUCAUGCCUCUCAUGGCCUCCCGGUCCAUUCUGCCGCCGACUCCACACAUUUCUAAUAACGCUCUCUUCCUCCCUCCCUCGGCGAGCAACGCCGGCGGCGAGGACUAUGAUAACAGUGUCAUCAAGGCCAAGAUCAUGGCUCAUCCUCAGUACCCUCGCCUCCUCUCCGCCUACGUUAGCUGCCAGAAGGUUGGGGCGCCGCCGGAGGUGGUGGCGAGGCUGGAGGAGGCGUGCGCGUCGUCGCUGGUGAUGGGGCAGGCUUCGUCGGCGGGGGCGGCGGCCGGGGGUGGAGGGAGUGGUGGAGAGGAUCCGGCGUUGGACCAGUUCAUGGAGGCCUACUGUGAGAUGUUGACCAAGUACGAGCAGGAGCUCUCCAAGCCCUUCAAGGAAGCGAUGCUCUUCCUCUCUCGCAUUGAUGCCCAGUUUGAGUCCCUCUCCCUCUCUCCUCCCCCUCCUCCUCGAGUAUAUGGGGAGCAUUUAGAAAGGAAUGGAUCAUCCGAGGAAGAGUUUGAUGCAUGUGAGAAUUAUGUGGAUCCCCAAGCUGAGGACAGGGAGCUAAAAGGUCAACUCCUUAGGAAAUACAGUGGCUAUCUUGGCGGCCUUAAGCAGGAAUUUUUAAAGAAGAGGAAGAAAGGGAAGCUGCCCAAAGAGGCCCGGCAACAGCUGCUUGACUGGUGGAACAGGCAUUACAAGUGGCCAUAUCCUUCGGAGUCGCAGAAGCUGGCACUGGCACAAUCGACAGGACUGGACCAGAAGCAAAUAAACAACUGGUUCAUCAAUCAAAGGAAGCGCCACUGGAAGCCAUCGGAGGAGAUGCAGUUGGUGGUGAUGGACACUGCGCAUCCCCAUUACUUCACGGACAGUAGUCUUGGCAACCCCUUCCCCUUGGACUGUGCCCCAGCGCUUCUUUAACCGGACUCUUUAUUGAUGCUCUAUCCUCAUUUCUGAACUCUGAGUGUGUGAUCUAAGCAAGCUAGCUGGGGUUUGUAUUUGGUUGCAGCCUAGAGUACUCUAUUGCAGCGUCUUCUGACCUGAAUAUGGAACCCUAUAUUGUGCCUUUGUGGUUUUUCACUGGAACCAAUUCUCUAAGUCAGCAAGAUGCUCUUCUGGAGUCUGCUAUGUUUUCUUAUGCCCCAAGUGUCUUGUGGGGUCUCUCUGCUGAUUUCUGUAGCAAUAAUGUAUGGGUUCUUCGUAUUCUGAUGCUCGUUACUGGUUCCAUUGUGAUU